CCCGCCCCGUCCGGUGAGGGCGGAGAGCCGCAUGGAGGCCGGCAGAGGAGCGCUGCAGCUUAGCCUUGGCUCCCUCCACUUGUUCAGGCAGCCACCACACCGCUAUGGAGGAGGAGCAGCCACCACAAGAGGCCGACAUGACAGCAGGGGGUUCGGAGCCAGUGCCCAGGGUGCUUUCUGGAGAACCCCAGAACCUAUCUGAUGUAGACGCCUUCAACCUGCUCCUAGAGAUGAAGCUGAAGCGGCGGCAAGAGCGGCCCAACCUGCCACGUACCGUGACCCAGCUGGUAGCAGAGGAUGGGAGCCAGGUGUAUGUGGUGGGCACAGCCCACUUCAGUGACGAUAGCAAGAGGGAUGUCGUGAAGACCAUUCGGGAGGUCCAGCCCGACGUGGUGGUGGUGGAGCUCUGCCAGUACCGUGUAUCCAUGCUGAAGAUGGAUGAGAGCACACUGUUGCGCGAGGCCAAGGAGCUCAGCCUAGAGAAGCUGCAGCAGGCUGUGAGGCAGAAUGGACUCAUGUCUGGGCUCAUGCAGAUGCUGCUGCUGAAAGUAUCUGCACACAUCACGGAGCAGCUGGGCAUGGCCCCUGGGGGCGAGUUCAGGGAGGCGUUCAAGGAGGCCAGCAAGGUGCCUUUCUGCAAGUUCCACCUGGGUGAUCGGCCCAUCCCUGUCACCUUCAAGAGGGCCAUCGCCGCACUCUCCUUCUGGCAGAAGGUCAGGCUGGCCUGGGGCCUGUGCUUCCUGUCAGACCCCAUCAGCAAGGACGAUGUGGAACGCUGCAAGCAGAAGGACCUACUGGAGCAGAUGAUGGCUGAGAUGAUCGGCGAGUUCCCUGACCUGCACCGCACCAUCGUCUCAGAGCGCGAUAUAUACCUGACCUAUGUGCUGCGCCAGGCGGCCCGGUGCCUUGAGCUGCCGCGAGCCUCUGACGCCGAGCCCAGGAAGUGUGUUCCCGCUGUGGUCGUGGGUGUGGUGGGCAUGGGCCACGUGCCUGGCAUUGAGAAGAACUGGAGUGCUGACCUCAACAUCCAGGAGAUCAUGACAGUCCCCCCGCCGUCCAUCUCCGGCAGAGUGUCCCGGCUGGCCAUGAAGGCCGCCUUCUUCGGCCUGCUGGGCUACGGCCUAUACUGGAUGGGCCGCCGCACUGUGAGCCUGGUCCUGUCGCUGCCAGCCGCGCAGCACUGCCUCCAGAGGGCGACCGCAGCCCGGCCACACAAGUAGGAGGCACUGUCAAGGGAGCGACCACACUGGGGCAGGGGCUGCUCCAGUGGCUGCCAAGGGGCUUCGUGGGAGCAUCCUGGGUGCCGAGCACCCCUGAGGUCCUUGCCACCCCCUGUGGGGGUCUAGGUCAAGCCACACCUGCCCUCUAGUCCCACACCACCCAAAUAAAAGAUUAUUUAACUGUCUGAGCCCGGGCUUCCCAGCAGCUCCCCUGAUCUCCCCCAUGGAGACUGCAGAGGCUAUCCCCAGGUCAAGAUCAGAUGGCCCAGCUCCCAGGGUGGCAGGGGCUGGGGGGAGUGCUGAGGCCACCGCACCCUCCUUCCCCCAGGCGGCAGGGUGUUGGGAAGCCAGCUGCUGUCCUACCUCACUGUGCCUUCUUGAGCCCUCGCCAGCUGCAGGAGCAUCCUGCCCCAGAAUGCAUCAGUGGGAAUGGCUGGGUGCCCCACACAGCUCCUUAUUGUGGGCCCCCAGGAGCUCUGGCUGACCCUGGACAGACCCUGGCAUCCUGGGCCUGGCCGACCACUGCAGAGAUUCUGUGUUUUGGCUUUUUUAAAUGUCUGAAAAUCUUAACUCAGGUAAUUUUAACUUAAAUGAAAAAACAAACUGAAGCAAAUGUCAGGAAAUACAAGCCUUAAAUCUGAUUGGGACAAAAAGGAAUUCCUUUUCUUUGAGUCUCUGUCCUAAGGUCAGCCUUGGGGGUCCAGGCUGAUGCCUCAGGUAUGAGCUGCUGUCCUGGCUAGAACCUACUUCCUGUGCCCCAGCUGGGGUGCACAGGGGCCACCUGACCCUCAAUGGACAAAUAGCUUGUGGUGGCCUCAGCCUUGGGGUCACGGUGGGGCUGCCCUGCUGAGCCCUCCUGCCUGGGCCACCUUCUAUUUGGGGCUAUCCCUCCUGCUCAUCUCUUCAGGCUUCACCAGCCACGCAGCCCCAGCCCAGCGCAGGGUGACCUCUGAUUGUCUUUGUGUCCACUGAAAUCAGGUGACGCCCACAUCUAUGAGCCCAGGGGGGUGUGAGUGCAACCACACUCAUGGAUUCAUUCCUUAGAAACUGAAAUAAAUUCUAAUUUUGGAA